AUGAACAAUCCUCCCCCUCCUCCUCCUCCUUCUCAUUAUAAUUAUGGAAAUGAUGAAACAAAUCGAAAUUAUUCUCUUACACAUCAAUUAUCUGAAAAUAAUUCAAAUGUUUCACAAGAUGUAUCUUCAACUUCAUCAUGUCUUCUUCAAUCACCAGUUAUUGAUUAUUAUGGUCAACAUUCAUAUCAUCAGCCAACAUCUCGUACAAUUCCACAAUAUUCUCAUCAUCUUUAUCAUGACAAUACUAAUCAUUUGUAUCGAUAUAACAAUCUUCCACAAAGUUCAUGUGUUUAUCCAUGUCAAAAUAAUUCAAAUGGAUCUUAUAAUCCCGAAAGUAAUAUAUCGAACUCGUCAAAUGGUGUUUCUCAAACGGAAAUGAUCAAUUCAAAUCUUGAUCUGUAUGGUUUAUCAAUGAGUCCAUCAAUUCCCCCUCCAUCUUCGUCUCCUCCAUCUUCAAUUGAUCGAAAAUCUUCCGAUUUAAUUCCAUUAUCUGUAUCAAAUGAUCCUUUGUCUAAACAACAAACUCCACCAGUUAUUUAUCCAUGGAUGCGCAAAGUUCAUAUAAAUAAUCCAGGUGAUAAUGAAACAUUAGCAAAACAUAUCAUUGAAAUAACAAAUAUUAAUGAAACAUGUAUUCGAGUUAAUGAAUCAACAAUUACAAAUAAUCAAAUUUAUUUAUAUGUUGUUCCUGAAACUGAAUAUGGAGUCAAAAUUCAAAUCAAAACUGAAAAUUGUUCAUCACCACUUCCUGAAUUACAUUUUAGUUUAUGUGAUGAAUCAAAUAAUCUAAAUCAAACAGAAAAUAUGGCUACAUUUCAUUAUGAAAAAAUCACUGUUUCAGAUUUAUCUAUUGAAGAAAAUAAUUCAACAACAACAACAACAACAAUUUCUCCAAUAUUUUAUACAGGUCCAACUGUUUAUGAAACAUUACAUCAUUUAAAUGAUGAUGAUGAUGAUGAUGAUGAAGUUACAACUAAAAUAAAUGAUUCAAGUGAAGAAUAA